CUCCCAGGCGGAACCAUUAUGGAGGGGUCUGUGCGCACUUAUUUCCCCGUCCCCCGACCCUCACCGGAAGUGGCGCUCCGCACCGGAAGUGGCGCCGCGGGCGGGAACGGCGGGACCCUGAAAUGUUGAAUGAGGACCCCGAAACGUCGAAUUGGGACCCCAAAACGUCCCAGAAGGACCCCAAAACAUCAAAUUGUGACCCCAGAAUGAAUGAGGACCCCGAAACGUCGAAUUGGGACCCCAAAACGUCCCACGAGGACCCCAAAACAUCAAAUUUUGACCCCAAAAUUAAUGAGGAGCCGGAAAUAUCGAAUUGGGACCCCAAAAUGUCCCAGAAGGACCCCAAAACAUCUGAUUUUGACCCCCAAAUGAAUGAGGACCCUGAAACGUCGAAUUGGAACCCCGAAACGUCGAAUUGGGACCCCAAAGCGUCCCAGAAGGACCCCAAAACAUCAAAUUGGGACCCUCAAAUGAAUGAGGACCCUGAAACGCCGAAAGGGGACCCCGAAACGUCACCUCAAGCUCCAGAAGGGUCCCCCCUUUUCCCCGUGGAGGCGAGGACGGAGCCCCCCGAAACGAGAGGCUGGGGGCACCCCGGAAUGGGGGUCUGGGGGCGCUCCCGUCGCUCCCCCACCCGCACCCGCCUGCGCAACCGGCGCUACGCAGCUCUGCAGCAGCUGAUCCAAGAAGGUGAAUACUUCAGUGAGGAGGAGAUGCGGGCGCGAGAACCUUUGCUUUAUCAUCACUACAUUGGGCGUUAUCGGGGGGCCCCUGGGGACCCCCCCGAUUCUUUGGGGUCCCCCCCGGUUUUGGGGACCCCCUCCUCGCUGGCGGAACUGCUGCUGCGUUCGGUGGAGGAGGCGGAGGUGCAGCGACGGCUGCGGCGGCAGCGACUGCGCGACGGCGACUGCGAGGAGGCGGAGGCGGAGCCCCCCCCGUCGCCCCCUUCGCGGGCGCUGCUCCGAUGGGAGUUCACGUCCCGAAUGCACCAACGCUUCCUCGACGGAUGCGACCCCCACUUCGACUACAGCCAGGUGGAUGAAAACCCGGACCUGGAUAACCUGGACCUGGAGUCGCGCGACGCCGAGGAGCGAUACUUCGACGCCGAAGAGCCCAGCGCCGCCCCCCACCUCGAUUAGGGCCCCCCCAGACCAGAAUCAGGUGCCCCCCAAAAAAAAAAGACCCCCACACCCCAAAAUCGAGGGCCCCCCAAAAAAAACCACAGCACCUGUGGCCCAAAACGAGGCGUUUGUACCCCAAAACGUGGCCUUUCUGGGUCAAAAUAAGGUUCUCCUCCCUCAAAAUAUGGCCUUUUGGGCCCAAAAUGAGGUGCCCCCCCCAAAAAAAAGACCCCCACACCCCAAAUCGAGGCCCCCCCAAAAAAACACAGCAUCCGUAGACCAAAAAGAGGCGUUUGUACCCCAAAACGUGGCCUUUCUGGGUCAAAAUGAGGUGCCCCCCCCCCAAAUAUGUCCUUUUUAGCCCCAAAAUGAGGUGUUUGUCCCCCAAAUAUAAC